AUGGCCAUCUGCGCGCGAAAUGCGGUUACCCCGUGGGCGGUUUUCGCUAGCAGCGCCGGCGUCGCCGCGUUGCUGGUCGCGUGUCUCCUGAGCGAAAGCGGGGCGAACAUCGCGAACGCGCAACCCGCGCCCGCGGGGGACCCCGACUGGGUGGUGCAGUGGCUACAGGGCACCGAGCCAGACGCGCAACCCGCCCCCGCGGCUCUCGGCUGGGCGGCGGAGCUGGUCCAGAGCUCUGAUUCGCCGGCGCAAGAAGCUGUGCAACCCGCGGAACCCGCGCAACCCGCGGAACCCGCGCAACCCGCGCAAGGCGGCCCUCCCGCGGACGAUCCUGACUCCGACGAUCAGGAUCAGGAGGACGAUUCCUCGACCGCGGGGGAGCCUGACUGGGAGGCGCAGAUGCAGUCGAUUCUCCGGCAGGUGGCGAACCAGACGUUCCUCAACAACUUCGCCCAGGACUUUACCUUCUUCUUCCUAACGGAGCAGCUGUACAUCGAUCGGAAUGCAACCAUCCUCAUCCCCACCAACGUCGGCUACUGGCGCUACGCAACCCAGUGGAACACGCUCACCCCCAAGCAGAAGCGCCGGUUACUCCGUUACCACAUUCUCAAGGGCCGUUACACUGCGCAGCAGCUCCUGGACGCCGCUCCGCUCACCCUCUUCCCGACUUUCAACCAGAACCUGCCAGUGAACAAGACUCUUAAGCCGAACGAAGUGUACUUCCAGUCGGUUCCGCCGACGAGGUUCGUGUCGCCGCUGAGCGUGCCGAAUGCGGGACUGACAGAUAACAUUGCUGCGCAUGGCGUGACGAUGGUGCUCAUUCCGCCCAACCUCAACUGA